CUGGCGAGAUUAUCUAAGAAGCUUCAUUUGUAAUACAAUGUCCCUCAAAGAUGUUAAGAAUGCAAAUUUGCUUGACAGCUUUUUUGUUCUCUCUUUUCAAGGUGAAUGUGAAAGACGAACACAUAAUAUCAUGCUCCAAAAAUGUCCCCAAAGAUUUUUCAUUAUUUAUCUCCAUGCUGAAGAGUUUUUGAUCAUCAGGCCUUCAGUGAUACAUUGGAUUGGGCUUGAGUUAUGGAUUAUUUAAAGACUUGGACAUAAGACAUAUUUCUUUACAAGAUAGAAGAUGUGGUUGUUGAAGUGCUGAAGAACGUGGCAUAAAGAAGACUACUUUGGAAUAGCACAGUAAGUCUCCUGUUUUUUCUACUAAAAUAAAAAGAAAUGGAAAAAAAGGAUAUGAUUGUAGUAGAGAGGGAUGAUACACUGAAACACAGUGAACAGAAGGAUUCUCAUUGUGAAGACAAAGAUAAAAAUAAUGAUGUACAUCAACAAUUGGAAAUAUUUGAAUCAUUUGACUCAAUGCUGAAAGCAGUGACUGAUUUUGAGGAAAAUACCAAAUCAAACUUUAUCUGUUUAAAAAAGACUAAAAACUUUGGUAGCAAAGAGUUUCAGGCCAAUCCUAAAUCUCGCAUUCACUGGGAAGGUCCUUCUAUCCAGAAGGAUUUGUUACUUAAAUUCUCGGGAAUACCUUAUGUAAUAGCAGGGACAAAAAUACUUCAGUGUCAUUUAGGCAAAGAUACUGCAAUAUCAAAGAAAAGGAAAUAUGCAGAACUCAGAGAUGGAAAACAGGGAGAAGACCAUAACUUUGUAAAAAGAAGACGUAUGAUACAGAAUACAAAAAAAAUGGGAUGCACAGCCAAGAUACAUAUAUCUCACAUAAUCAAAUAUCCAGAGUUUGAGAUUCAAAUCAACACUGAAAGAAAGAAAAAAAUGGCAUCAAAGAGACUUAAAGAGGCACUAAAACAAAGUACUGAAAAAAUAAAGGGCAUACAUGCAUACGUUGCAAAAUUCCCAAUGAGUUUCGAACAUCUAAGGCAUGCAACUACUGGAGAGACUGUUGAUGUGCCUAUUUAA